GCCAGGAAGCAUGCCAGCAGUGUUCAUCCUGCUGCGGUCCCUGGUCAUCAGGCUCCUCAGCAGCAGACUGGCAGGCUCUCUGGCUCGGCUCCUCAGAAGAAGCCUCUCGACGGGCGCUGCCCACCUCGGCACAGCUUUGAGGCACAUCUGGGAGCGCGUUCGAUCCCAGGAGUCAAAGGAGGCCGUCCUGGGCUGCGUGCUGUGCAUUCUCAACAUGCACAAGAAGGUGGAGAACUGAGCUUUCAUCUGUUCAAGGAGGACUUUUGUGAUUGUUUGGACUCAGCGUGGUUCUGUUUUCCUGCCUGGGACAU